GCCAAUAAAGAGUGUUAACUGGGCAGAACGUGGGCAUUCACAUGUGCUCGUGAGUCUUCUGUGGCUUUUCGCAUUGGAGUACAGGGCCAGACUGAAGCAAGAGAGAAAAAUCAUCUGAUGAAAACAAACCGAUGCUUCUCACUGCACAGGGAAAAGGGAAUGGGUCCCAGGGCUUCUUCAAGCUGGCUGUUGAGGAACGAGGAAAAUUCAAGUAAUUGAUGGAUUGAAUGAAACGUAGCUCAGGCUUCAAGGACAGUGUACUUAAUUCUCUGAGUCUCUCACAAGAAUUCCAAAUGAAGGGGGAGAUUUAGAGAGAGGGGAGAGGACAGGAGAGGAGGGAGCCAGGCGAGGAAAGGAGGACAGAAGAAAGAGAAGACUGAACCUCGCAUUGGGGAAGGCAGACCCAGAAAAGAAGGAACAGCAAUGGACCGACAUGAAUGCAGUCACACUGGACCGUAUAUGAAGAACAAAUGUGCCAGAGGAUCAGAGCUGAGAAUCAUUCUGGUGGGCAAAUCAGGAACCGGCAAAAGUGCCACUGGGAACAGCAUCCUUGGGAAGAAAGCAUUUGGGUCACAGCUGACUGCCCAGCCGUUUACUAAGACUUGCAGUGAAAGUCAGGGAAGCUGGGGAGAGAGAGAGAUAGUCAUUAUUGACACACCGGAUAUGUUUUCUGGGGAGGACCAUUCCGAUUCCCUGUGCAAAGAGGUGCAGAGGUGCUACUUACUCUCUGCCCCAGGACCCCACGUGCUGCUCCUGGUGACCCAGCUGGGCCGAUUCACCACCCAGGAUGAGCAGGCUGUGCAGAGGAUGAAGGAGAUCUUUGGAGAAGGUGCCAUGAGUCACACAAUUGUCCUCUUCACCCACAAGGAAGACCUCGAGGGAGAAUCCUUGACGGGUUACAUCCAGGACACAGAUAACACAGCCCUAUGCAAGCUGGUGGCAGCAUGUGGGGGGCGAGUGUGUGCCUUUGACAACCGUGCUACAGGGAGCGAUCGGGAUGGCCAAGUGAAGGAGCUAGUGGACCUGAUGGAAGACCUGGUGUUGGAGAGAAGCGGUGACCACUACACCAAUGGGCUCUACAGCCUAGUAACAGCGUCAGAGUAUGGACCUGUGUGCGAGGAGGAAAGUUUCAAGGAUUUCAAAAGAGCUCUUAGGAAGUACAUGGAAAAUCAGAGACGUUACUCCGCCAGGGCCAAAGCCAAUUACCUGAAACAAGCUCUCAAAACACCAGUCUUUAUUUUACUUUUUAUUCAAUUGUUUGUCAAAUUGCUAAUUCUGUUAUUUUGUGUAUUGUAUAGAAUGUGCGUCUCAUUUUGCUGCUUUCUUUUUAGUGUAUGCUGUUUGUUCUGUAGCUUCCUGUUAAUGAUAGCUAAAAUACUGAUGAUCAUUUUGAGAAAGAUCACUGGGCUGCAAGGCAAGACCCCUACAUUAUAGUUACAGGUCAGCGAUUAUUUAUUCACGGCCAGAUAUGGGAUGAAUCCAAGUGCCGUCCCCGGAAAACGCAGUGCCUGACAUCAGUAAAUGUUAGCUAUUCUGUGAAGGGUUUAAAUCUUAAAUCUCUCAAUGAACCAUAUUAUUUUAAAAGUUACUGACGGUUUUGAAAUGUAGCACGAAAUCCUUUUGAAAGCUUGUAAACAUAAAAUUCCUCUCAUUUGCAAACCUCUAAAGCCAGUUUUAUGCUCCUGGAAACGCCUUUUCUUCUUUAUAAUACUGCUAUUUCUACUGAAUAUAAUUAAAACAACAAUAAAAUUUCUACUCAGUAUACUAACACAGCAAUAAUAAAUAAGCUGUGAAGUUCCUGAGAGCCCAUGCCUUUAAUUCUGUUGUGUCAUUUUAUCCUCAGAAGUUGGUAAGUGAGCGCAUGGUUCAUUUACUCUAGAAAGGGAUGAAUCCAUGUGAAGCAACCACACACAGACACGCUCACACAUCAGUCGUCUGUAAUUCAUGUGCAUCAGAUUUGCUUAAUAUUGAAACGGGCUUGGCCAGAUUUUAUCUUUGGCCCCAGUCCUGUUUAGUAUUAAAACACACACAGAGGCUCACCCUUCACACAGGUGGGAAUAGUGCAGCAUUGUUCUGCUAACUAUAGUGGAAUUUAAAACUAAAUUUAAAUUUUAAAAAGUUUAAAAAAUAGAGUAAAAAUUAUAUUUUCCUAAUUUUUUAGCACUGAUUAUGGUUCAUGUAUUAACAAAGUGAAGUAGAAAUUUAGGUAAUGUCUUCAGUGUGGUUAUUGAUCUGGAUUUUUAUGCAAAAAAAAAAAAAGAAAAAAUCGAGCUCUUCUCAGACAAUGGAGAAGAGAGGGAGCCACAGGUGCACCAGCAGAACUCCUCAGAGCACCUGAAAUGAGGAGGAGAUGUGGGUCCUGUGGAGCUUCAUGGGGGUGGACCAGCCCACAGAAGUGCCUGAACACCACAUGGUUAGAAAGUCAGAUGCCAUCCUCAGGUUGUCUCACCAACUGAUAGGAUUUCCUUAUUUCUAUAUCAGAAUGUGACAAACACUUUAAAGGAAGUCAGUCCUUCUCUUUAAAUCUUGGCUCUAGUCAAAAGGAGUGGAUGCCAGAGGACGCACCAACUCUCCUGGCCCAGGUUCCAGGUGUGGAGGAAGAAGGUGUUUGUGAAAGGGGCCCUAGAGCCCUACCAGCUCCACCUGGAGAAGGAGGGGCCUACACACCUCUGCAUAGAUGCCAUCUCUUAAUGGGGUGGCAGGAUGGACUUCGAGGUUAGGGUGAGCUGCGGUCAUGGGGCCUGAGGGCCCUGGUGACAGUAAGCUGGGCUCUAUGACACAUGGCUGGGAAAAAGCCUAUCAUCGAUUCCCCUCUGUAGCAUCCUCAGCAGCCCUGCCAGGUUCACACAGAGGCUCUGAGCUAAGGGGUGGAAUAAAAUCUAACAAGUCGAACGAGAGCAACUCGGCAACCCAAGGGACAGCAGGGAAGGGGCCGGGCUUCAGGGGAUGGCCCAUGGCCCCAGCUUGGCCUUCACUUCAAAGCUGCUUACCAGUGCAGCUGAUUUUAACCUGUUUCUCUUUCAUUUUUCUACUCUCUCACCUACAUGGGUCCACAUGUCAUUCGUUACCUACAGUUUAUGUCUUGUUCGCAUAUGGAAAUAUGAUUGUAAAAUAAAAA